UACUUACGUAUCGGAUGUGACAUAGGAGGGAUUACUGCAAUGGCAUAUGCUAUGAGACAUUCGAAAAGCAGAAGCCACCUUUUGAAUAACAUGCUCACCACUCGUCGUUCGAUUUGUGCGAUGAAAAAGAAUACUUAUGCAAGAGUUGUUUCUCACUCCAUAGACGAGGACUAUGUCAAAACAAAGCCUUUUAAAGCGAUUCCGGGACCGAAAGGACUACCUUUUAUCGGCACGCUAAUGCAAUAUACAGGUCCAUUCCGAAAGUACGACACAAUGCACUACCAGGCUGUUCUUGAAUCACGCUGGAAACAGUAUGGGCCUAUUGUAAAGGAGACCAUUGGCAAUCAUACGGCGGUCCGACUGUUCGAUCCCGAUUUUGUCCAGACUAUUUACAAACACGAAGGGGUGUGGCCAAGCAUCGUCCCGAUCCUAGAGUGUUCCCGGAAAUACCGCGAAUCAAGGAACAUGUCUCCUGGACUUGGGAACGUAAAUGGUGAAGAGUGGAAUGAAAUGAGGAAAGCUGUUCAAACAGUGAUGUUGCGACCCCAAGAUGUAACUCAAUUUCUUCCAUUUAUGAACGAGGUAGCUGAUGACGUCAUAGACGAAAUAGAAAGCAGGAAAGAUUACGAGGGAAAUAUCCAACAUUUCAAUAAUGUCAUGGGAAGAUGGAAUUUGGAAAGUGCCGGAAUGAUCUGCUUUGAACAGAGGCUUGGCUCACUGAAGGAUGGAUUGCAUUCACAUUCGCAGAGAAUGCUACAAGCGAACGAUGAUAUAUUUCACCUUGCCACACAAAUGAUGUUUACACUUCCUUGGAAUUUCAAAACCUAUUCGAGACUUUCAAAGAGACACUACAAGGCAGAAGAUUAUUUCUACGGAAAUGGUCAGCAUCUGCUAGACACAACUGUGUCGAAUAUAAAAAAUCUCACAGAUCAGGGGAAGCUGAAAGAAGGGCAAUUCAUGUUCAUUUCUCAUCUGUUAUCCAAAACAAACCUCGACUUCAAAGAUCUGAGUAUGACAGUACUGACCCUAUUUGCUGACGGGCUGAACGCUACAGUACCAACGUUCCUGCUAGCUUUGCACUGUUUAGCAAAGAAUCCAGAGAUCCAGGAAAUCGCAUUCAACGAGCUCCAACAAAAUACUCCAGAUGACAACUUAAUUACCAGGGAAUGUCUGAAAAACUUGCAUUAUUUGAAAGCGUGCUUCAAGGAGUCCUAUAGGUUUUAUCCAUUGAAUCUUGACACAAAGAGGGUAUUAGACCAUGAUAUUGCUGUGGGAGGAUACCAGAUACCAGCUGGGACUGUGAUAGAGUUGUGUUCUUUUGUACAACAAAUGUCCCCCGAGUAUUUUGACAACCCGACGGAGUUCAAGCCAGAGCGAUGGAUACGAGGAAGUGACCACUUCAAAAUGCACCAUCCAUUUAUUGUUAUUCCGUUCAGUCAUGGCCCGAGGAUGUGCAUAGGUCGGCGCAUAGUUGAACAGGACAUGUACGUAAUGAUGGCGAAACUGCUUAAAAUGUACAAAGUCACCACUCCAACUGACGAAUUGGGCCUGAAAUAUCAGAUCAUUCAAGCACUGGAUAAACCCGUAACGUUUACAUUUCAGAAACGUUAAUAGAAGAGUAUAUGUCCAUCUGUAUUUUGAAUGAACAGCAUAUUAUGCAUACGUGUCAGUUGCAUAAUGUAUACAGAAGAACGUGUUCCGGGCAAAAUAGUAUAAGCUUCGUUAUAUAAUGUAAACAGAACACAGAACUUUUGGGAUAUUAACUCAUUAGCCCCCGACAUUUCAUAAUGAGGUAUUCCAACCUUUGAAUUGGAAGAGUUCAACUGUGUCUACAGGAGUGAAUCAGUUAAUUUGGACGGAACCAAAGAGUAACCUGAUUAUACGCUUUUGGUCAGAAAGAAAAUUCCAUGUCUUCGAUCGGGGAAUCGAACUUGGUCGUCUUGAUGAAAGGCGAAUGCGCUAUCCACUUUGGCAUUCGAGCAGCAAACGUCUCUACAACUGUUCAUACCCGAAUCGAAACAAUUCUGUAGGUAACUUUUCACUGAGUGACUCAGCAGUAUGCAAAUAAAAUACAAUGUUAAUUUCAUUAUGUAUAGUAAAAUGGAAUAUAGUGUUUAACUCUAGAUAUGUGAGUGACUACUGCAUACCGUGAAACGUUCGCCAAAUGUUUGCCCUUCAGAGGCAAAAUCUGAAUACGCUUAGUGCAAAUAUUGCCCUAUUCCGUAUUUUCGUAUUGCAGAGUUAUCUGCUCUUGUGAGAAGGUAUUGAUUGUUACG